UAUGGCAUCAUGAAGGGUGGUCAACACAGAUCUCACUUCGGUGAUGGCUGAUAAGAUCGUGUCUCCUCAGAAUGCUUUCCUUGUCUUUCCUUGUCUUCUCUCUCUCCACCCGUUACACAGCAAUAUACCCUAGCUCACAAGCUCGCAGUGGUUCGUCUUGCCAAGCUGGCAAUCCUGACAAUAAUCACAUACAUUGAGUGGGUCCGAUCGAAGACAGCAUACAGACAGGCCACGCCACCGCAGCAACCGGUGAGAUUUGGUGAAGCGUCAUGACGUAGCAGCAGCAUGGCAAACGCAGAUUCCACAAAAGACACCACAGCCAGGCAGGCAGGCAGGCAGGCAGGCAGCCAGGCAGAAAUAGGGAAGUGGCAGUUUCGCCUCUCACAUAUUUAUUGAUAAAGCACGUCGGUCGGCAAACACAGCACCAAAACACAACACGCUGACGAGCCCACGACAGCGACAGACAGACAGACAGCCAGGAUGCCACGUACACAACGAACGUACAUACAAUCGACCGCUAGCUACAAUUGAUGUACACAAAUCUACUGACAAGACACAAGUACAGAUGCCGUGCAGCACUUUCACCAGUAAACGAAUUAAGCCCCGCCGUCGCACUCAACCACCCACAGCCACCCACAGCCCCCUUGUGUGUUGGCUCCUACGCCUUGAUGCCCUGGUCAGCCUCUCCCUGUCCCUCCUCCUCGCCAUCCAUCUCGGCGGGCUGUCGCUCAGUGCCACGGCGAUCCUGACAAUGACCGACACAAACCACACAUCGACGCACAUCUGGCCAUCUCCUGCAGUGGCAGUGUGUGGGGGUUGAUUGGCCGACCUGAUCUGCGACUGUGAGCGUGUCGAUCUUGAGGCGCAGGGCGUCUACCUCGCGCUGCCGCUCAGCGACGUCCUGCGUGCAUCACCAACACACAUUCAUAUGAAUGCACGAUAGAGGAAGGUGAGUCUGGUACAUUCAGGUGGCUGACCUUUGAUGUGUGGUCGAUGAGUGCGUCGACAAGCUCCUUGAGAAGCACUCCCUCGGAGUCAUUAUAGAAGAGGGCGUCCAGCAGGGCUUCCUUGACUGCGUUCUGGAUGGCUGGGGUCAGCGAGGGCAGGAGGGGCAGGACGAUCGGCACGUCCCUGAUGUUCUCGAGAAUGGAGUCCUUCAGGUAAAACUUGAUGGCGUCACAAGCGGGCCCGCACACAUGCCCGAUGGCGGCCACCCAGUGCAGGACGAGCGCCAGAUGGUGCCGCUUGACGGCAGACAGGGCCGCCGCCAUGUGGACAGCCACCUCGCGACGAAUCGACCUGCAUAUUCAACGACGAGACCACCACCCAGGCACACACUCAGGGUGCAGGACGUGUCGGGUGCGUGCAGGUGCUCAUUUCCACUUGCCUGGCCAUCAUCGAGAUCUCCUCAUAGCAGCCCUCAGCCACGCACAUCCGCAGGUAGUGCAGGGCAAGUGCUCGCAUCGGGAACGUGCAGAUGGUCGUCUUCAUUUUCACCUCCUUCAGGCACGCCCCCGCCUCCUCCAGUGCUGCAGCCGAUAUGCUCGGCUUGCAGAUGUGCCCGCCCAGCGCUCCUGACAGCAGCACGACAUGGAAACCGGCGACAGAGGCACUUGUCGACCCGCCGUCGCCCAUGGGGAUGCCCUUGGCCACGGCAAUGGAGCCCUCAUGCAGUCGGACCGCUGAUUCCUCAUCAGCUUUGCCGCCACUGCAGGGGAUCGCCAGUGAGGCCUCGACGGUGAAGCACUUGACGGAGGACUCCGUCACGCCUUUGAGGCCGCCUUGGUCCGGCAACACCAUGCACCAGCCGGCGACGUCACGCACUUUGGCAUCGCCGUCGCUAAUGGCGUUGGAUGGGGGGAGAGGACAGCCGGGAUGAUCGGGGGUGUGGGGGGUGUAGGGGUGCGGCAGGCCAGCGACGCAGACGCAGAGGUCCGUGCACCAGAAGUCUCCGGUGUCGUUGCCCGAGAAGGGCCGCGCCGUGCUGGUGGAUGAAAACGUGAAGAUGUCCUGCUCGAAAACAGCCGCUGGGCAAGAACAGACAAGACAGACAGAGUACAUCGCAUGCCAUCGCAGCCUGCCUCGUGUAUUCUUCCUUACCGUGGGCCGUCGACAGCGACGGUGAGCCGUCGCAUUCGAGAAGAAUCGAGCCAACUCUUGACGCGACACGUCCACGAGACCGCACGAGAUGGCGUCUCCCAGGUUGGCCACCAAGCUCACGGCUGCCAUGAUCCCGUCAUCGUGAGUCUCUCCCCUCUCGCAUCGCCGCCACUGCUCACGGAUGACCUCAGGCAUCUUGAGCAGGGACGGACGCAGCGCCGCGCGGAUGCCAACGUGCUGGUGGAUGAAGCGGGCGAUGAAGGCGUAGCGGCCGAAGCUGUCCAACACCUUGACGGCCAGAUUGUGGUCACUGAGCCAUCCCUCAACCACGACCUGACGCAGACCAGAAUACAGCAACAGUGGAUCCGUGAAGUGAACGAGAUCUCGUGCCCACCCCGCCAUACCCAUCGAUGGAUGCGCCACAGGAGGCUCUGAGUGCUGCCGUUGGUGAAGAUUUUGUCGGUGUCGAAGUGCAGGUAGUCGAGGGCCACCAUCACAGGGAGGAAGUUGUCUUUGGUCAGCGAGCGCACGAUGUCGGCCUCCUGCUGCAGCACCACCUCACCGAUGGGCCGAGUGACGUUCUCGAUGGACACCUGACGCACCUGGCCUUCCAAAAACUCACCAUCCAGCAGCUGCCCCCACGCACACAGACAGCAAGAAGACAAAGAAAUGUGUGCCUGUCGUCUCUGACCGUGUGCGUGCUGUGUUGUGAUCAUAUCCUACGUGGCUGAAGUACUUGAACAGCCGUGCGAUGCCCUCCUUAACGACGAGUGGCUCAACUCCCUCUCCAUCGCCCCUCAAUGCCGCCCCCUCUGUCCACCUCAAUUAGGCCGGUAAGCUGCUGCUGGGCGAGGGAGCUGGCGAUGCGGCGCAUCAGGAAGGCCUCAUCGAUGAGCCGAGCGCUAUAUGUCUUGCCGACCGCCCGGGCCCUCAGCGCAUCGUCGACAGACAGAAAGGACGCGAAUACUCGGCCCAGGACGUCAGCAGGAAUCAUCUCAACAGCAGAAUGCCUUGAGGCGUCAGACUUUGGGCACUCGCUCGCAAUGCUGACGCGCCAUUUCCAAGACAGUAGCCAGCUCAUCACGGGCCUCACAGCCGUGGGAUGACUGCAAACAGACGAGGAAAUAGAAGAGAAUAGGGGCGUCAUUGUGUCCUGCUGACUUUCGAUUGACUCUCUCUUCCCACCUCUUCCCACCUGUGUUACGUUGUGGAAGGGCUCCAAAUUCACCCC